AUGAGGCUACUCAAGCAAUCCGCCGAUGGCUCGUUUCAUCUGACGAGUUUCGAUAGUAACGCCUGUCCGCCUUACGCUAUCUUAUCUCAUACCUGGGGCAAGGACGACAGCGAAGUGACAUUUGAGGACAUUGAGGACGGAGCAGGUCGUGAGAAGGCUGGGUACGAAAAGCUGCGUUUCUGUGCGGAGCAAGCGCGGAAAGAUGGGCUUGAUCACUUCUGGGUCGACACUUGUUGCAUCAAGAAGUCAGAUCUGGCCGAAUUGAGUGAGGCCAUCACGUCUAUGUUCAGGUGGUAUCGGCGGUCUGCGAACUGUUAUGUCCUUCUCACGGAUGUGACGCAUGACACAACGCUCUCGCCCGGUGACGGAACUCCGGUCUGGCGCGAACAAUUUCACUCCAGCGCCCACCACACGCGAGGGUGGACAUUGCAAGAGAUUCUGGCUCCCCAUACCGUACAUUUCUUCUCAAAGGAAGGGAAGGUAUUGGGCGAGCGGCGGGAUCUUGCUGGAGCAAUCGAAGAAGCGACGACAAUUCCUGUUCGGGCUUUGACAGGAGAACCCCUGACUAAGUUUAGCGUCGCUGAGCGUAUGCGUUGGUCGGAAGGCCGGAACACCACGAAAGCUGAAGAUCGUGCCUACUGUCUACUAGGCCUCUUUGGAAUCUCUCUUGUACCUAACUACGGUGAGGGGAUCCGAAGUGCGUUACGACGGCUGUCAAGUGAGCUGGACCAAAAAUUCAGGGAGGAAGUGCGCGACGCUGGGAAGACGUUGAUCCAAGUCGUGCAAAAAGACCCGCGAGACAGAUCGCAUGCUCUGUCCGUCGAAGAACGUAACGCACAGUGGGAGAAGAAUAGACGCCGCCGGGGUCUACUCGAUCUCUUGAGGCCUGAAAAUCUCAACGCAAGACAGCAGAACGUACGAGAUGCUCAGCACGACACCUGCAAAUGGUUUCUCGAGCAUCCCGCGGUUGUGAAGUGGAAUCAACAAGAGGAGGUGGGAGAUCAUCGUGGCUUUCUUUGGCUUCGUGGAAACCCUGGAACCGGAAAAUCCACUAUCAUGAAGUUUGCUCACCAGCACUACCUUGGCGCAAGACCAAAUGGCGAGGUUGUUAUCUCAUUCUUCUUCAAUGCUCGCGGUGCAAUGAAUGAGAAGACAACUCAUGGUAUGUGGAUGUCAUUGUUGUACCAACUGCUUGAGGCUGCACCAGACCAGCGUGAUCUCGUUUUCGAACUCUCCGAUACAGACGAUUUUAAAGAAGCCUCAGAUUCCGGACGAGUUGGCUUAACCAUACCGAAACUGCUGAAAGUGUUCAGACAGAGUGUGCUCAGUCUCGGUCAACGACCAUUAAGGUGCUUCAUCGAUGCUCUGGACGAGUGCGACGCGAUACAAGUCCAAGAGAUGUUGGAGGAGAUGAAAUCACUCAGUCAGAUUGCGAUAGAUGCUGACGUCGACGUACGCAUCUGCUUCGCCAGUCGACAUUAUCCUAAUGUCAUCUUCGAGUAUGGUCAGCGACUCAUCCUUGAGAGAGAGCCAGGUCAUCGUGAAGACUUGGACAGCUACGUCGAGUCUCACCUGAGACGUUUCAAUUCAGUCUCCGCCAAAGUCGUCCAACGCAUCAGCACGCAGAUUCUAGAUAAAGCCAACGGCUCUUUUCUUUGGACCGUCCUCGUCGUCGCGACGCUGCAAAAAGAGCUCUCUGCUGGUAACAUAAGGACAGUUGAAAAGAAGCUCGCUGAGAUACCUCUGGAACUAAGCGAGCUCUUCCGUCGGAUUUUGCUGAGAGACAUACAAAAUCUGGAGGAUACGUGCUUUGCCUUUCAAUGCGUUCAAUAUGCCCGCAGACCUUUGCACUUGGUGGAGUAUUACUAUGCUGUUUCAACGGGAAGUGGUCCGCCUGACGAGCUCGACGAAGCGAUCGUCCAUGACCCCGACGAAGCCACACAGCAUGCUAUGGAGCUGUAUGUUACACAUACAAGCAGAGGUCUUCUGGAGGUCACUUCCACCAUCCUAUCAGUGGUUCAAUUCAUCCAUGAGACAAUUCGGCAUUGGUUCCAAGGCGGAGCACUGUGUGAUUUCUUCCCGGAGCUAGGUUCCGAUCUUGCAGCUUAUAGUCAUGACAGAAUUGCGCGAUGCUGCUCAAGCUACAUGCAUCAUGCACGCAAAUAUCACCGAACGAUAUCCGUGCCCGAUCUGCUGCAAAUGUUCCCAUUCCUCACCUACGCAACCGCCUACAGUCUGCAGCACGCCGAGAAAGCUUCCCAGUGUCUCCCUCAAGCGGAAUUUCUGGAACAUUUUGAUGUCGAAUUCUGGGUCUUGAGCUGGCGCCUCAAAGAUCAUUCAGCAUCCGCCGACUACUACUCACGCAAAGCAGAUCUGCUGUACGUGUUAGCCUCGGAGAAUUGUCCCAACCUCAUUCGGACCCUCUGCUCUGAGGGAGUUCGCAUCGGGGUCGAGGGCGAGUUGUAUAGAUUUCCGCUGUUUGCUGCGAUAGUCAGAUCCAAUGAUGAGGCUGUGAACGCUCUUCUGCAGUUCGAGACCGGGGCCAAUCUCCCUUUGACGGCUCAAGAAAGGCAAGCACUUGAUCAGAACGGCGCCGACCGCCAUUAUCCGACACCAUUGCUGUGGGCAGUGAAACAGAAUCAUGAAAAGGCUGCUUUGGCUAUGUUGAAAGCCGUGGAUAUCGACCGCAUCCUUACAACAUGUGACGGCGAUGGUUUGAACGCACUGGAUCAUGCAGUCGCCGGUGGACUCGCUGAGGCGACCAAAGAGCUGCUGGCGCUCGGUCUGACACCCGGGACAGCGGCGCCAGUCACCAACGACUCUCCUUGGUCUUACGCCUCAGAGAGCUCUCACAACUCAAGCACCUCAGACGUUGUGAGUGACGCAAUAGACGCCAUUUCUCAGGAGGGUUCUCAGACGUCAGAAGAAUUAACAUUCUACACCCCACCGGUGUCUCCAUUGCAAGACAAUGAGCCCAGACCUGACGAGGACCCUGAAUUCAACGAUCCGUUCGGUAGUGAACCGCUGUUCCACAGAACUGGCAAGCCAAUGGACAGCCAAGGGCCUCUCGAGUUCAGCAAUGCCGGUCUUCCCGAAGAAAUUCCACCAGAUCGACCCAUCGGUGCUGGUCCCCGUGACAAAGUCAGGAAGAACGACAGGCAAAAGAAGAGAUGGGGCAAGUCCGGCAGUCGUACAUCAACCUCAGACGGCAUUGUCGAGGUUGGUGACGUGGGCGACUCUAUUCCAGAGAUUGUUCUGGACGAUCUGCUCGCAAGUCAUCCACUCGAUAUCGAUAGUGAAUCCAUGCCUGUAUCUGAGCCUGAACGUUGA